CACGAGGGCUGUUUGUGGCAUAAUUGGUGAGCUCAAACAUUCAAGCGAUUAGAUCCAGGCGUCACGAUACACAGUGUGGUCGUCAAUGCGGGCGUUCGGAGUCAACAUGACCUCAUGAUAUGUUUUGACCAAUGUUCAUCGUCAGCACUGGAGGUGAUUGGUGUGAGACUUCUGAAUCGUCCAGAUUCUCGACAAUCUUGGAAUAUUGUGGUCAUCAUCACAUCGAUAGGACCACCGUGGAGUGUCCAGGUGGUCUUCAGUUCGCACCGUUGCGGUCGGGGCCGAACCUCGGUUAGUGGCAGAGACCACAGCUCCGCAAACGCGGACGCGAGUCGAAACUUGUAUCACCAGCGAACAGGCGCCGUAAUAUAAUGAUUGCAUGCACCGCAUUGGUCACGUUAUUCCAGCCGUGACCAAAAUUCACACCAUACAUGUACAUGUGCGAUACCAGACGAAUAAAGCGAUCAUCAUACGAACACUAUGGCAUACGGUGCGCCUCCGCCCGGCUCUCUAAAACGCAAGAGAAGAAGGAGACAGGAUCGCCCUGCCCUCUCGGCCAAAAUUUACCUGGACAGCAAUCUGAAGGGAGAAGUCGGCGUACUUUCGAGUGACCUCUCCGAGGGUCUCUUUAGUGGACAUCCUGUGCAUGUGGACGAAAAUGGCAAUCCGCCGGAUCUCUGGGCAGCUAUUACUCCUUGGACUCCCAGCUCCGUGAUACCUGACGUCAAUUGGGUGAUUCUGCCGGUACGAGUUCUUCUUCCAAACGAGAAACCACUUCCGCCCAAUACCAUCAGGUUUCCAGCAACUGCAUCAAGCACUCAAACUUUUGUGCGUGUGGCUCAAGCAGUUUCGCCCACCAAGACCUUGCGACAGAACACUACAGUAGAGAUCCGGGUCGCCGAAGUGGUCCCGCUCGUGUUGGACACGGUCUUCGUCUCUGUGGAUACGGACGCCAUCAGGAGGCUUGAGGAUGUUAAUAAAAAGUACAAUGGCGGAUUUGGUGGGCUCCCGCCUCACAUGAGUAGGAGAUCGGGGAAGCGGUCGCCAACGGAUGCACACUUUGAAAGCCUGUGGGAGGCGGACGAAAAGAUGAAGGUUCUUUUGAAUAAUGCUCUGCGCAAGCUGCCCAUCAUACAUACCGAUGAUACCAUCCAACUACCGCUCACCCACGCGGUCACCCACGCUCCGGUACCUCCGGUCCGGGUUCUUUCCUGUGAGCCUGUAUCGCAAGGAUACAUCGCUGCUUCGACGAACAUUGUCGUUGUGCCGGCGUCUGAUCGACGACUAAGUGUACAUGGUAACAAAGGCCUACUUUCGCCUCGUCUCGAUGAGGAUUCAGGUGAAGAGGACACUGCAAAUGAGGCGUUUUUCUCGGCUUCGGAAGACAACUACCCCAUUAAACCCAUUGUUACUUCCAAGUCAUCCACUGAUAUGUCCAACACCGAUGACAUGAUCGACUCGAGUGCAGAAGAAAGCAACCUUUCAGACGACUCGGAUGACAUGAUCUCAUUAGCGAAGCCAGGACUGACCGAGGGGCCAUCAGGGAUAAGCUCUGCAUUGACCUCGGCGACGCCACGACCAUUCAGCAGUCGUGUUCGCGGAAGCGUGAUCAAUAUAGGAAUACAGACUCCGGGCUCCGUCUUUUCUAACAUGACAGCCACGACGGCCAAAGGUGGUCAAGCGAUUCGCAGCAAAACCUUCAGAGCCCAGGGGCUGUACGAGCGCAUCUCGGUCGAUUUGCUACAUCCAAAACCAGCGGACGACGAAGAUGACGAAGCCCGGGUGUACGUAGACGCCACCAUGCUUGCACGUCUCGGUUGCUUCUCCGGAGACUGGGUGCGAAUAGAGCCUGCUGAGAGCCCGAUGCUUCCACUGAUGAGUGCAUUCGGCCAUCUUGACGAUUCAAUCCCUCAACAUUGGCGACCAGUCAGAGUCUACACCCUUCCAGAGGGCUUGACUAAACGUCAGCCACGAUUCCCUGUCAACAAUCGACUAAGCCGCAGAGAUUCCAACACAUCGCUUGCCCUGACAUCAAGUGCAAUUCCCACGGCAACAAUCUACCUCUCUCCGGUCUUGCUUGCCAACCUCAAAGAUCCUGCCAAUAUCAGCAUGUCCACCAUGCCCAUCAUGAAGAAACCAAGUCUGAAGCGUCCAGUGACGCCGCGGGUGGAUCCCUCUUCCGGGCGCGUGCCACCCACAGCAUCCGAGGUCACUUUGAGGAAGAUCGUGACACCCAUCUCGACGGAACGAACCCUCAGCAACACGCUUUAUGCCAACCUGAAGCAAUACUUUGAAGAGAGGCAGCGCAUUGUCAAACCUGGUGACAUCAUUGCGAUUACAAUCGACGGAUCUCUGGGAAGGUCCGUGUAUGAGGGCGAGGUUGAGCAGGAUGGCAGUAAUGCAAGCGUGCUCCUGUCACAGAUGGGGUCUCAGCAAGACUCGACGGAUCAACGAGCAACAAUGAAUGUUGCAUGGUUCUCGAUCGAAGACAUCAGUAUUGCCCCCAGUGAGGAUCUUGACGGACCUGACACUGAAACUUGGGGCGACGCUGCCUUGAUCGAUCCGACCAAAAUGACGAUGCGUCAAUCGGGCGACGCCAGACGAAGACUUCCAUCUGCUACCAACAAUCCUUGGCAGUAUUAUUUGGGUAUGCGAAAAAUCCAAUCUAAGCCGGCAUCCUCCUUUGGCGGACCAGCCGGCCUUCCCGAAGCCUCGGCGCCCUUCAUCUCACCGCUGCAGCGACGCUUACGAGAGCUCAUCUCUGUGUCGAUUAGCUCGCGAGCAGUGCACUUGGGCAUGCCUCCUCUGACCGUCCUCAUUACCUCCACACAGCGAAGCAUAGGCAAGGCUCGGGUCGUAGAAAAGGCGUGUGCCGAUCUUGGCGUCCACUUCUUUCCUAUUGAUGGCCACGACAUUGUUUCUGAAGGAGGUGCAGGAGUGGAUGUACAAGCUCAAGGAUUGCUGGAGGCACGAUGCGAGCGUGCUCUAGACUGCGGCGCUCAAUUCACCGCGAUCUGCAUCAAGCACAUUGAGGUUUUGAAUGCCGAUCGAGCGGCCGCGUCGUUGAAGACUGUCCUUGAGACUUGCCGAGUCCUCGUGGCCACCACUACCGACCUCGAUAAAGUACCAGACAGUGUCCGCGGACUUUUCACGCACGAACUUGAGAUGUCUGCGCCGGAUGAGGGCGAGCGAGAGGGUAUCUUACGGGAUGCUGUGACUGAAUCGGGAGUCGCAACUGCAGCGGACGUCGAUCUCUCUGCUAUCGCCGUAAAGACCGCCGCGCUCGUUGCCGGUGAUUUAGUGGAUGUUGUUGAUCGCGCCAUUGUCGCCAAAGCUGAGCGGUUGGAGACUCUUGCGCAGAAAAAGUCCGAAGCCAGUAACCAGACGAUCACGAUCAAAGACAUUCAGCUCGCGGGCGGUGUGGCGACGAAUAGCGUUACUCCUGGCGAUUUCGACGCUGCCGUGGACAUGGCCCGCAAGAACUUUGCCGACGCCAUUGGUGCACCGAAGAUUCCUAACGUGCAGUGGUCAGAUGUUGGUGGUUUGACCAACGUCAAGGAUGCCGUCAUCGAAACAAUUCAAUUACCAUUGUCACGACCUGAGCUUUUCGCCAAAGGACUCAAGAAGCGCAGCGGCAUUCUGUUCUACGGUCCGCCAGGAACCGGUAAAACGCUGCUCGCCAAAGCCAUUGCCACGGAAUUCAGUCUCAACUUUUUCUCCGUCAAAGGUCCUGAACUUCUAAACAUGUACAUUGGCGAGUCCGAAGCAAACGUUCGAAGAGUGUUCCAGCGGGCGCGAGACGCUCGACCCUGCGCAGUCUUCUUUGACGAGUUGGACUCCGUUGCACCGAAACGUGGGAACCAAGGAGACAGUGGCGGUGUCAUGGACCGGAUUGUGUCACAGUUGCUCGCUGAGCUGGAUGGCAUGAGCGAUGGUGACGAGAACGGCGGGGGUGUCUUUGUCAUUGGCGCGACCAAUCGACCCGAUCUGCUUGACCAGGCAUUGUUGCGUCCCGGACGUUUCGACAAGAUGCUCUACCUGGGCAUCAGCGACACCCACGAGAAGCAGGCGACUAUCCUGCAAGCGCUGACUCGCAAAUUUACUCUCGAUCCAUCAGUGUCAUUGCCUAGAGUCUCUGAAUCACUGCCGUUCACCUUUACCGGCGCUGAUCUCUACGCUCUCUGCUCCGACGCCAUGCUCAAGGCUGUAACACGAUCAGCACGCGCCGUGGACGACCGUGUUGCCAUCAUCAAUGCCGAUCGCGCCAAGCGCGGCCAGAACAACAUUUCCAUCGCCUACUACUUCGAUCACUAUGACUCCGAGGCCGACGCCCAGGUGAUGGUGACCGAAGAAGACUUCGCACUCGCACGCCGCGACCUCGUGCCCAGCGUCAGCGUCGACGAGCUGCGCCAUUACGAACAUGUCCGCAGCACUUUCGAAGGUGCGACGAAGAAGCCCGCGAGUAACGGUGAGGUCGAACGGCCCUCGUCGACCCCGCGCAACAAUGGCGCGGCUCCAACAUCACCGCGAUCGAAAUCGCUACGAAUCGGCAGCUUACGAGGAAGCAACCGUGGAAAUGGCGAGCGGACUCCCUCAGUCACAUCUCGAUCUGCAAUCAGCGCCGCAGACGAUUUGGACGGCGAUGCCGAUACCGACGAUGACUUCGUGAUCCGGACGGAUCGGCUUGCGCUGAACACGGACGCCGGGAGAGGGUCGCCCGGAAAGGGCAAAGGCAAGGGGAAAUCUCGGGAUCUCGAUGGCGAGGCGUUGAUGAGCCCGCAAAUACGCGUGGCAGGGGAUGAUGACGGCGACGACGGAGAAGAUUUAUAUGAUUAGUUGCAUGGCAUUUACGAUGAUGAUCAAUAUUGUCGUUUGAAUAUACAAAUUUCAUCAUAGACGCCCACGGAACUUCUGCAUCGAUCGCGGAGAAGAGCUUUUAACCUCGGGUUGUGGUGGUACUUAUCCGUAGAUAGCUUGACACGUCCAGCCAAAUUGCGGUGUGCGCGCCAAUGUAGCGCUGGAACAAUCUCCUCCUGUUUUCCCUCGCC